CCGCCUCCCUAUAUAAGGCGGGUGCCGCACUGCAGCUAGCGCACUUCUCACUGAGACCCGUCGCCCGGACUCUACGUGAGACCCACCGCCCGGACUCAACAUGCGUGAAUGUAUCUCAGUCCAUGUGGGGCAGGCAGGUGUCCAGAUGGGCAAUGCCUGCUGGGAACUCUACUGUCUGGAACAUGGGAUUCAGCCUGAUGGGCAGAUGCCCAGUGACAAGACCAUUGGUGGCGGAGACGACUCCUUCACCACCUUCUUCUGUGAAACCGGAGCUGGAAAGCACGUGCCCCGGGCGGUUUUUGUGGAUUUGGAGCCCACUGUAAUAGAUGAGAUCCGAAAUGGCCCAUACCGGCAGCUCUUCCAUCCAGAGCAGCUCAUCACCGGGAAAGAGGAUGCUGCGAACAACUAUGCCCGGGGUCACUAUACCAUUGGCAAGGAGAUCAUUGACCCAGUACUGGACCGGAUCCGCAAGCUGUCUGACCAAUGCACAGGACUUCAGGGCUUCCUAGUCUUCCACAGCUUUGGAGGGGGCACCGGCUCCGGCUUUACCUCACUCUUGAUGGAGAGGCUCUCUGUUGAUUAUGGCAAGAAAUCCAAGCUGGAGUUCUCCAUCUACCCAGCCCCCCAGGUGUCCACAGCUGUGGUCGAGCCCUACAACUCCAUCCUGACCACCCACACCACCCUGGAGCACUCAGACUGCGCCUUCAUGGUGGACAACGAAGCCAUCUAUGACAUCUGCCGCCGCAACCUGGACAUCGAACGCCCCACCUACACCAACCUCAACCGCCUCAUCAGCCAGAUCGUCUCCUCCAUCACAGCUUCCCUGCGCUUUGACGGGGCCCUCAACGUGGACCUGACAGAGUUCCAGACCAACCUGGUGCCCUACCCACGCAUCCACUUCCCCCUGGCCACCUAUGCGCCAGUCAUCUCCGCAGAGAAGGCAUACCACGAGCAGCUGUCGGUGGCGGAGAUCACCAAUUCCUGCUUUGAGCCUGCCAACCAGAUGGUGAAGUGUGAUCCCCGUCAUGGCAAGUACAUGGCCUGCUGCCUGCUGUACCGUGGAGACGUGGUGCCCAAGGAUGUCAACGCUGCCAUCGCUGCCAUCAAGACCAAGCGCAGUAUUCAAUUCGUGGACUGGUGCCCCACAGGCUUCAAGGUUGGCAUCAACUACCAGCCACCCACUGUGGUGCCCGGAGGUGACCUGGCCAAGGUGCAGCGUGCCGUGUGCAUGCUGAGUAACACGACCGCCAUUGCCGAGGCUUGGGCCCGUCUGGACCACAAGUUCGACCUGAUGUAUGCCAAGAGGGCGUUUGUGCACUGGUAUGUGGGUGAGGGCAUGGAGGAGGGUGAGUUCUCUGAGGCCCGGGAGGAUAUGGCUGCCCUGGAGAAGGAUUACGAGGAAGUUGGCAUCGACUCCUAUGAGGACGAGGAUGAGGGAGAAGAAUAGACCAGCUGCCUGGAGCCCACUCACUAUGUUCAUUGCAAAAUCCUUUCGAAAUAAACAGUCUCCUUGCACGAUU